GUUAUGUCGCUCGCAGUCGUAGCGCAAGGUUAGUUAGUUGUGACCUUUUCGACUGUUUGCCCCUAGUACUAGUACUAGCUAGCGCAGCGAAGCGCUAGAUCACCUGUAACUAAUGUUACUUACGGACGUCGUCUUCACUGAAGCACAGUCCAGGCGUAGAUCUACUUCUACACGAUUGCUUAGUGUCUGUUAGCGUCAGUGUGAACGGAUGCCGCAGCACUGUGCGUCUCAGCUCAGCACACAUUCCUAACCUGCAAAAAAAGUACCGAGAGCUUCGCGCGAAUCCUGAGCCCGAGGUGCUCAUUUGACCGAGCCAACGACAGCCGGUCUCGCGGACAGCGUUUGUCUCCACGGUCGACGGUUUCCUUUCAGUUUAGACCACAGCGUGACGAACACAGCACUGAAGUCUGCAGCAGAGCUUCUGGUCGCCGGUGCACGGUGUAGUGCGUGCAGCAAACAUUCGGCGAUAUGGGAUCCGUCAGGCAGCACUUCAACAAUUUCGCCGAUCGGCUGUUUACGGGCUAUGCCAACUUGGUUGUGCGAUUCACGGCGUUGGUCGGUGGACUUGGUGUUCUACUAGCAGUGGCCUUUGCUCUCGGUCUCCUGGUCACUGACGUCGACAAACGGAACGUCAACGAGCUAUGGACCGAUCUCGACUCACGCUUGGUGGACGAAAUGAAGGAAUUCGAGAGGUAUUACGGCGGCUUGACCCGCAAAUUGACAAGUGUGGUGUCGUCGGCCAGCUCCGAAGGCGUCUUGUUUAACAUCAGUGACAACGAUGCUCCCGUGGGCGCCACAGGCAAUGGAAUGGCGGCGCUGCAGGAGUCCAUGGCCGUUUGGGCGAAUGUGACGUUCACCUACGACAACAACGUCUACAGCUACAAUGACGUGUGUGAGAGGCCGGUCGUGCCCGUCCCGUUCCGGAGGAGCCAGAGUUCCGCCGACCUGUACUGGCGUUUUGCCCAGUGCAUGCAGGCUGACUCAGGAUUCACCCGAUACAUCUACCCGACGGCACGGCUUCAAUUUCCAACCCUUCCAGCAGCAUACACUCCCGUGGAGGAGGGCUGGGGUAUAGACGAGUUUCCCUGCUCCAGAGCCAGUGCACUGGAUUGCUUCCGGGAAGGUCAGGAGGUCGACUGGCCGUCGGCGCUGCGUGAGCUCGGCGACAUCGCAUUUCCGCUGGCCACGGCGGUCAACUCAACGUACACGACCGUUCACAAUCAGAUAGCAAACACGCCGGUGGAGGUUCCCGGUUUGCCGCCGCUGACUGUGUCCCAGCUGGUGCUCAGUGGUCAGUUGGUGCCGUGUUGGUUUGCCAGCAGCACUGGCAAUGUGGAUUGCCUCGAGCCGAGAACCAACGUAAGCAAUCAAGCUGAACUCGUCACUGCUGUCACAUUGGCACUGCGAAGUCUGAUUGCACCGACCAUAGGCGUUCUGGAUUUGUUCGACACCAGCGGUCGGCUACGAAUGGCUGUCACUACACCCCUCGUCGCUAAUGUUAUCGAUUUCUUGCCAGCGACAACCAACCAGACAGACGUGGAGCUCUUGGCGGAGCAGGCAACACGAAUCCUCCUGACCAGUGUUGGUAUGGCGGCCGGCAAUGACCCGGUUCUUGCUCCGCUUCUGCUGUAUCUCGACUUCAACCGGGCUGUAGAUGGGGGCACGGUCGGAAACACCACGAUUGGCGCCACUUGCUUGAGUGUAGCAGCGUUGGCUCAGGCAGGUGUUGCACCGAGUGCGGACCCAGCGCUGCAGGUUCGGGCGCUCAUCAUUGAGCUGGUGGGAGCAGCGCAGUUCUUCAGCUCUAUCGGGUUCUACUGGCGGCCCAGCUACAAGACGAUGACACCAGGUCAGAUCGUGGAACACAUCAACGACGCGGCUAACUCUCAGCUGAACCCGGCCGUGAGGGGCAGCCGGACAGCUUGCAUCUUCGGACAGGUAAAGUGCUGCCAGGCUUGGAACGGUGCGUUCCUGGGCACGUCGAUCUACUCGUCGGGAAUAGCCAGACCCCAGCGGCAAAAUGUAUCCGGCACGGGAUUCUCAAGCCUGAGCCUGUCCGCCAUCACACUGAUACGCUCUGGCUGGGAGGACUACCACCAUAACAACCCGGUGUGGCAGGAUCAACUUGAAGAGCGUUACCCGUCUGUCAGUUGGACAAGUGAAGAGCGGCGUGAGGAUCUGGCGCGGGCGUUUGAUCAGAAGCUGACGGAUGACUGGCUGAGGCUCUACCAACGGGAGGCAGGUACUGGGUAUGGUGCAGGUGAGAUGUUCUCUGCUCUACGCUUCGACUUUGCCACUGGGAAUUCACUCACCGAUAUUCUGGAACAGGCUGGCUCGGUUGAGGGAUCACUGUUAGGCCUGAGCUACGGUGUAAUGGCAGUGUUGGUUUUCAUUUCGCUUGGCAACUAUGGCACUGCGCUGUUGAAGAUAGGCAACAGAGAGGAGUUGGAGCUGGCCAUGGUGAACUCACACGGCAUCCUUGGAUUGUUUGGCCUGGCCACCAUCGCCAUCAGCAGUGCGGCCGGCAUCGGGUUCGCCUCGUACGUGCAGGUCACGCUGAACGGCAUCAGCGUCAACCUAGCACCGUUUGUAUCGCUGGGACUCGGCAUUGACGAUAUGUUCGUCCUGGCUCACACAAUGACGGCAUUGAAUGACCGCAGUCGCAGCGUCAAGGACAACAUGGGCGCUGUGAUGCGCCUGGCCGGUCCGUCCGUCUGUCUGACGUCGGUUGCCAAUGCCGCCGCGUUCAUCCUGAUCUAUCCAGUACCGAUCGCGGCGGUGCGCCAGCUGGUGCUCGUGCUGAUGAUCUCAGUGCUGAUCAAUCUUCUCUUCCUGUUUCUCAUAUUCGUUCCCCUGAUGGUGUACGAUAUGCGGCGCAAUCAUGCCAAUCGCAUGGACGUGAUCUUCACGAAAGCGUCUAAAGCCAACAAGAGCUCCACACCUGAGGAGGCCAAUACGAUGAUGGCAAGAUUCAUCGACAAGGUCUACGCGCCGCUCCUCUCCAACACAAUUGCCAAGAUCGUCAUCGUUCUGCUUUUCACCGCGUUCUGCGCCGUCAUGCUAUGGAACGGCAUUGUCAACACGGAACAGGGCCUGCGCACCAGCGACAUUGCACUGCGCGACACCUACCAGAGAGAUUUGGCGAGGCUAACCGAAACCACCAUCACCAUUCAGAAGUCCAAUCUACUGUUCAUCGCACGAGACAGGCAGUUCAGCGACGUCAACGCACAGCAGCGUAUGCUGGACCUGCUCGACGCACUGGAGCCGAGUCCCCACAUUGUCCAGGGCACUCGUCUUCACGAUCUCAAUUUCCUAUCCAACUCAACGGCAUCAAUCCUGGCAUUCUAUAACCUUCAGCAGCAGGCCCUGGCACAGUUUGACUGCCCUGACGCCAACGUCAACGUGCCCAUCAACAGCACGUUUUGCUACAAUUUCUUUUUCCCGAUUUGGUUCGCCAGGAUCGGCACUCUGCUGACACCCUACCUCUACUGCCAGCACCACGCGACCGGUGAGAGAGUGCCGUGCAUGCACCGCGACGCAGUCUUGACGGUUGCGCGCACCAAUUACUACUUUGACAAUCUGGUCGAGCACCAGACGUAUCUGGACGCUAUCACAGAUGUGCGCAGCAGGGUUGAUCCCUUCAACAACAACGACAUCCGCACGUUUUCCAUCGGUUACAUAUUCUACUUCUGGGAGCAAUACUUUGAUAUUGAGAUCACUCUGAUUUCGGCAAUUGGAUACGGCUUGCUUGGAGUUUUCGUCAUCACCUUCCUGUUUCAGCUCAACCCCUGGCUGUCGAUCAUUGUCUGCUUCAUUAUCUUGAUGAUUGAUAUUCAGCUGAUCGGGCUCAUGCGUCCCAUGGACGUCAAACUCAACGCCAUCUCCAUCGCCAACCUGGUCAUCUCUAUUGGCAUGGCCGUGGAGUUCACUGCCCACUACGCCCGUGCAUUCCUGCUCGCGCAGGGCAGCCGCAAUCAGCGCAUGAAGAUUGCCCUGCACGAGAUGCUGCAGCCGAUGAUCAACGGCGCACUCAGCACCAUCAUUGCUCUCUCCGUGCUCUCCGCCAACCAGUUCCCGUUCUUCAGACGCUACUAUGCACUCACAUACGUGGUGAUGGUGCUUGUGGCAUUUGCAAACGGGCUCAUUCUUCUGCCGGUCGUGCUGAGCCUCGUCGGGCCACCAGCCAGAGAAGUUGAUGACAAGUCUGGCACGUACAGGAUGAAUGAGCUUAACAAUGGUGGAGAGUCGCAGAACGGCACGAUGAAAAAGCCCAUCGAGGCAGCCGCUACGGAAGAAAAAACCACAGAGCUGGCGUAAACACCGAAUGUGGCCAUAGGCUGGCCGUUGCCAUUCAUUUCCAUUCCCAGGUUACUGUUUUUGCCAGUGCUUAUUCACGGUGCUCAUGAUGGAGGCGAUGAUGGUGGUGGUGGUGGUUAUCUUAGCCGUGUUGGCCACCACUGCAGCAGCUGCAUAGCGGCACCCACUACCAGACUAUUAGUUGACAGGACUUGUCUUCAAUUGUAAUUGUGUGCAUUCCGUCAAGUGCAAUUUGCCAGUCUCAUUCCAGUUGUCCUCGGUCAGUUGAGGAAGGAAUGAUUCACUCAAGUAACUCAAGUAACCCGCUGAUCGUAAUUUUGUUGUUGCUUCUCAGUUGCAUCGGGCCCUUACCUUCCAUUUCUUGACUUCUUCUGUGCCUUAGCUUACUCAUGCACUGCAGUCUCAGGCUUUGCUUCCAUUCUCCCGUACUGAUUUCUGUUUUUAACGUGAUGAUUUGAAUAUUCUGCAAUUAGUGACCAUGUGGCGGCGGCUAAUUCACAAAAGUGCACGGAUUGCUAGCAUACUAUAAUUCAUUGGAGAUCAGCGUGCAAUGGCA